CUGAUCCUUUUCAGACCAGUAACAGGGUAAGGCAAGGUAGUUUGCUGUCCCCAAUUUUAUUUAACUUUUAUAUGAAUGAUCUCUCAAAAAAGUUAAGUAUGUGUAGAACGGGUUGCAUGGUUGGAGGUGUUGUAGUGAAUCAUUUAAUGUAUGCAGAUGACCUUGUGGUAUUUAGUCCUAGUUCCGCAGGUCUUCAGCAGCUCUUGAAUGUGUGUUCUGUAUUUGGAGAUCUUUAUGAUGUUAAGUAUAAUGCUGUUAAAAGUGUUAUUAUGAUAUGCCACUCAAAAGAGGACAAGUCCCUUGUAUUUCCUUUUUUUAAGCUAUCUGGUAAUAUUUUAACCAUAUGCAAUGAAGUUAAGUAUCUGGGUCAUAUUAUAAAUGAUUGUUUGACCGAUGAUGGGGAUAUGUAUCGGCAGUGCCGUAUGUUGUAUGUGCAAGCAAAUGUAUUGGCGCGGAAAUUUGGUUCAUGCUCGGAUGGGGUAAAAUUGACUCUAUUUAGAGCAUAUUGUUCCUCUUUGUACACUGCCCACCUAUGGUUUAAUUACAAAAAAGACAGUCUUUGGAAAUUGACUGCGCCUUGAGACUAUUACUGAAAAGGCCUAGAUGGGUAGAAAAUUUCUUCUGCAUGGGCUCUCCUCUGGCUGUUUUCUUGGCAUUGCGAGGGAUCCGACCUGGAAACAAUGGUGUGCAGGAUCACAUUCUCCCCACUUCUAUCUGCAAACGCCUCUUCAACAUAUUCCACCCCACAGACCCUGUGGCAUACAGAUUGGAACCGCUUAUCUUAAAGCACUACAGUAACAUUGCACCUGUUCAAAUCCACUGGUACAACACCACCAGCCCAACACCGUAUGAUCAGAUCCGGCCUACACUGCUCAAUCUCCCAAAGGAGGCCGCUUUUGUUUCAGACUCAGAGAGCAUCACCAGCCCCUGUACCUCCCCGCCUCAGGCCCGCCGGCACUACGGAGAGUCCAUUACCAGCCUGGGCAAGGCCAGCAUCAUGGGUGCCGCAAAUCUUGGAAAGGGAAUCGGAGGAAUCCUGUUUUCCCGUUUUUCCCGUUCCAGUGGCCAGGUGGGUGGAGUGGAGGAGGAGCCAUCAGAUUGUGAGAGUGGAACAUCUGAAGUGGAAAACAUGCCAGAAGGAGAGGAAAGUGCAGCUGUGGCAGAGAGUGAAGAGAAGGACAAACAAGUAGAGGUGGAGAGGAGGGAGGUGGAGCCUGCUAUGUCCAGGUCCACUUCAGCUGUCAUGGACAGCACAUCAUUGGAAUUGGAGAGACGCAUCGACUAUGAGCUGCGGGAGGGCUUGGUGGAGAGCCGCUACUGGUCAGCAGUGACCUCGCACACAGCCUACUGGUGCUCUUAUGAUGUGGCUUUGUUUCUCAUCACCUUCAUGUACCAACCACAAGAGUUGCCUGAACCUGCAGAAGACAACCAUGACAUCUCAUAGCAUAAGUGCAAAUUGACACAUGGUGGGGGUCAGUUCACAUUCUAUUCACAUCUUCUGAAAUGUGAACAGAAAUCCCAGUUUAUGGAACUAGUGAAAGAGACUUCAUUCUUGAUUUCCUAAUUUCUUAAAAUAAUGAUUUGCUUCACACAACUCUGAAAUGUGAAAUAUUAAAUAUACAUAUUAUUAUGAGAGAUAUUGAAGACUAAUAUUUAUUUUGUAUUAUGUUUGUUUUGUUUGACAAAAAUGUUGUGGACAAAUAUGUUUUUAAUAUUGCAAGUUAACCUAAUAUGAACAAACUAUAAUCCAAAUGAUAAUGAUUGGUCCAUCCAUCCAUUCAUUUUCUUUUGCUUAUCCGAGAUCAGGUUGCAGUGGCAACAGGUGCUACUUAAUUAUUUGUUACUAUAAUUUGUGCACAAGGUUAUUUGUUUUCAUUUCAAACUGAAAUUUCAAUAUGUUGUACAGUGGGUACCCACAAAUGGCAAAUGAAAUGACUGAAAGAUUUCAUUUUAAUAUUAGCAGUCCUGGGUUUCCAUAUGCUGUGAGAAGAGUAACCAUUAUGAUUGAAAAUGAAUUGACCCAACACGGACAAGCACAUCCAAAUUAAUUUACAAUACCUGUUUUACUGUAUGUGUUUUACACAAAUUCCUCCCAGUUUACACAGUAUCCUUGAUGUACAUUGAGGUGCUUGUGCUCAAAGCAAUGAGGUGUCACUGUUUCCAACAACCAGCAUUUCAUUUGCAAAGCCCUGCUGUGGGCUGUAUUCACUGAAGGUUACUUGUCUGACCACAGAACUCCGCUGGUACAUGAGUGUGUGAUGGUGUUGUCAUGGUUGGAGACAGUCAUGGGUGUACAGGAUGAAGAGUUUGGGGCUGAGACAGCAACCCU